GAACAGGAAUCCUCUACAACCAUGGCACCGAAUGGCAGUGAAAUGGGUCUCUCCCAGCCUGCCACAUUUGGUUUAAUUGGAUUCCUCUCCGUUGCAGUUAUUGGUAUCCUUUUGGGUUGUAUCGUCAUGACAUUAAUGGUGCGGAAGUACAGGAGAUCAGCGAAUCAGGCUAGUAGUCAGCAGCAAGGGACAGCGAAACAAAACUGUUACAACGGACCACAACAUGGUGAGGAAGGUUGCUUGGAACUUAACGUUGUCCCUCCCAAGCUACCAGAGAGAUCUUCACGAGAUCAGGGUGAAACAUACGAAACGCCACGACAUGCUGACAAUGGAGAUGUUUAUGAAGAUAUUAAGAUCUAAGAAGAAGAAGAAUACAAAAUCUAGUAGUACUUCUCUAGCUCUCCCCUUUCCAUCUCUCUACUCUUAUCACUCUUCCUACCUCUCUACCCGUCUGCCUUUUAUGUUUUACCUCCCUUUUCUCUCUCUUUUAGUUAUCUUUCUCUGGUCUGAAAAUAUAUAUACAUUUUGAAGAACAACGUAAUUCUUUGACCAUGUUAAUCGUUCUUUAUAUUUUCCAGUUGCUUUGCAAUUUACUUUUAUGUUUAAUUAUUUGAACCUGCAAGAUUUAACUUCAGUUCGAUGCAUCAUAUCUCUAAUUUGAUGCAUUUCUUAAUGUUCAAUUUGAAUAUAUUAAAUCAA